CGCUGCAUCCCGUCAGACCAGCCGCAUGUCUAUGGUAGGGAGCGAGGGAUAGAGCGGCCGAGAUGGCGGCGCUGGCGAUUCGACGCCUCUUCCUCCUCCCCGGCCGUGCUCUUUGCCUGUCCCGACGCGGCUACCGCGGGGACGCUCCUUCCGACUCCGGGCGGGACCUGCUGGAGAUCCCUCUGCCGCCCUGGCAGGCCCGGCCGCAGGAGCCCCUGGAGACCAAGCGGGCGAGGCUGCUGUAUGAGAGCCGCAAGAGGGGCAUGCUCGAGAACGGCCUCCUCCUCGGAAAAUAUGAGUCAAAUCAACGAGAAACAGCUGUAUCUUCACAACCACCUGAUUAAUGAAACAAGUAAUGG